AGCGGAGUCUCCAGCCUCCCGCCCCCCACCCCUCCAGCUCCUGCUCCUCCUCCGCUCCCAAUACACAGACACGCUCACACCCGCUCCCUCAUUCGCACACACAGACACACGCGCGCACACAAGCUCCGCACACACGCUCCGCACACACACUCUACUCUCUCCCGCGCGCUCACACCCCUCUAACCCUGCGCCCUCGCUGGUGCAGCACCGUGCCGCAGCCGGACGCCCCUCCUGAGCUCACUUUGCAACGUUGACAGCGCCUGCGGUGGCAGUGGAGGUGGGAACAGCUGCGGCAUCCUAUCCCCUAGUCGCGGCCGGAGCCAGGACGCCGGCGGAACCUCUCGGCGGCGCUCUCCCAUGAGUCGCGAUCGCAGCAUCCCCCACCAGCCGCUCACCGCCUCUGGGAGCCGCUGGGCUUAUACACCGCAGCCCUUCCGGGACAGCAGCUGUGACUCCCCCCCAGUGAAGAUUUCGGAACAGCUCUCUAGAAACUCGCUCUAAAGACGGAACCGCCACAGCACUCAAAGCCCACUGCGGGAGAACGCAGCCCGGCAAGCCCGGGCCCGGAGCCUGGACCCUCAGCGGAGCCGGGCAGCACCGCCGCUGCUUCGCCUCACCGGACGUCCCCGCCUCCUACACUCUCAGCCUCCGCUGGAGAGACCCCCAGCCCCACCAUUCAGCGCGCAAGAUAUCCUCCAGAUAUGCCCUGCGUGCAAGCCCAGUAUAGCCCUUCGCCUCCGGGGUCCAGUUAUGCAGCACAGACGUAUGGCUCUGAAUACACCACGGAAAUCAUGAACCCCGACUAUGCCAAGCUGACCAUGGACCUCGGCAGUACAGAGAUCACGGCCACUGCCACGACGUCCCUGCCCAGUUUCAGUACCUUCAUGGAGGGUUACUCCAGCAGCUACGAACUCAAGCCCUCCUGCCUGUACCAAAUGCCUCCUUCUGGGCCGCGGCCUUUGAUCAAGAUGGAAGAGGGCCGCGCGCAGGGCUACCAUCAUCAUCACCAUCACCACCACCAUCACCAUCACCAUCACCAGCAGCAGCAGCAGCAGCCGUCCAUUCCUCCUCCCUCUGGCCCGGAAGACGAGGUACUGCCCAGCACCUCCAUGUACUUCAAGCAGUCCCCGCCGUCCACCCCUACCACUCCGGGCUUCCCCCCGCAAGCGGGGGCGCUGUGGGAAGAUGCGCUGCCUUCGGCUCCAGGCUGCAUUGCGCCUGGCCCGCUGCUGGACCCGCCGAUGAAAGCAGUGUCCACCGUGGCGGGCUCGCGCUUCCCGCUCUUCCACUUCAAGCCCUCGCCGCCACACCCUCCAGCGCCCAGCCCGGCCGGCGGCCACCACCUCGGUUAUGACCCGACGGCCGCUGCAGCACUCAGCCUGCCGCUGGGAGCCGCGGCCGCCGCUGGCAGCCAGGCUGCCGCGCUCGAGGGCCACCCAUACGGGCUGCCGCUGGCCAAGAGAGCGGCCGCGCUGGCCUUCCCGCCGCUGGGCCUCACUGCCUCCCCUACCGCGACCAGCCUGCUGGGCGAGAGUCCCAGCCUGCCAUCGCCCCCCAACAGGAGCUCGUCUUCCGGAGAGGGCACCUGCGCUGUGUGCGGGGACAACGCCGCCUGCCAGCACUAUGGGGUGCGCACCUGUGAGGGCUGCAAGGGCUUCUUCAAGAGAACGGUGCAGAAAAAUGCAAAAUAUGUUUGCCUGGCAAAUAAAAACUGCCCAGUAGACAAGAGACGUCGAAACCGAUGUCAGUACUGUCGAUUUCAGAAGUGUCUCAGUGUCGGAAUGGUUAAAGAAGUUGUUCGUACAGAUAGUCUGAAAGGGAGGAGAGGUCGGCUGCCUUCCAAACCAAAGAGCCCACUACAGCAGGAACCUUCUCAGCCCUCCCCACCUUCUCCUCCGAUCUGUAUGAUGAAUGCCCUUGUCCGAGCUUUAACAGACUCAACACCCAGAGAUCUUGAUUAUUCCAGAUACUGUCCCACUGACCAGGCCACUGCAGGCACAGAUGCUGAGCACGUGCAACAGUUCUACAACCUUCUGACAGCCUCCAUUGAUGUAUCCAGAAGCUGGGCAGAAAAGAUUCCAGGAUUUACUGAUCUCCCCAAAGAAGAUCAGACAUUACUUAUAGAAUCAGCCUUUUUGGAGCUGUUUGUUCUCAGACUUUCCAUCAGGUCAAACACUGCUGAAGAUAAGUUUGUGUUCUGCAAUGGACUUGUCCUGCACCGACUUCAGUGCCUUCGUGGAUUUGGGGAGUGGCUCGACUCCAUUAAAGACUUUUCCUUAAAUUUGCAGAGCCUGAACCUUGAUAUCCAAGCCUUAGCCUGCCUGUCAGCACUGAGCAUGAUCACAGAAAGACAUGGGUUAAAAGAACCAAAGAGAGUGGAGGAGCUAUGCAACAAGAUCACAAGCAGCUUAAAAGACCACCAGAGUAAGGGACAGGCUCUGGAGCCCACCGAGCCCAAGGUGCUGGGUGCCCUGGUAGAACUGAGGAAGAUCUGCACCCUGGGCCUCCAGCGCAUCUUCUACCUGAAGCUGGAAGACUUGGUGGCUCCGCCUUCCAUCAUCGACAAGCUCUUCCUGGAUACCCUACCUUUCUAAGCCGGAGCAGCCUGAGCAGGGAGCAGCUUCUUCUGCUGGCACCUGCUUGCCAAGCAGCAAAGGGAUGGGUCUGGACACGAUCACUUUCUGUCCUUCCUUCAGAGAAAAAGCAGCUCCUGUAAAAGGCAAAAGACUUCUUCUUCUUUGUGGUUUUUUUUUUUUUCUUUUUUCUUUUUUUUUCUGGCAACUUUCCUUACAACCUAAAGCCAGAAAACUUGCAGAGAAUUGUGUUGGGGUUGUGUUUUAUAAUUAGGCUUUGGAGGGUGGGGCUGGAGGGGUAUAGUUCAUGAGGGUUUUCUAAGAAAUUGCUAAAAAAGCACUUUUGGAUGAUGCUAUCCCAACAGGAAAAAUAAAAGAAGAAGAAGAAGAGAAAAGGAUAAUAUAACUGUUUUUAAACUCUUCCUGGGGAAUACAAUUAUGGUUGCUUUGUAUUUAAAAACAAGAACAGCCAAGGGUUGUUCACCAGGGUAGGAUGUGUCUUAAGACUGAUCCCUUUAGAUCAUACUUCCUGUACGUAUGUGGUGCAAACAAGGCAGAAAUUCCCUUUUCUUAAUUUCUUUCAAUUAUUUUAACUAAUGAUGAAAGAUGAAGGAUUACCUACAAAUCAGACAUAGCAAAAUGAUAAUGGCCGUUCGCUUCCAUAUACAAGUGCAAUUUUUUAAAGUGCUGUCUUAUUAAGUCUUGUUCAUGAACUCUCCUUUAUUUUCUAUGGAAAUAAAAAGGAGGCAGUCAUGUUAGCAAGUGACAUGCUAAUUUUCCUAGCAAAAGGCUCCAUCCACCCGCCCUGUAGAACCCUUCUGAGAUCGAGCCCAUCCAAGACUUUUUGGGCAUUCUUGAUAGAACUAGAUCCCUGCUGACUGUUCAGCUAUGCUGAAAGGGGAUCAGAUUAUAAAAUGGAUUAUAUACACCUGUUCUGGUUGUGUUCCAUCGACCCCACCAGAGUGUUCUAAACUUGCUUCAGUUGUAGCAGCUUACUGAUACAUUCAUUCAAAAGCCAGAGAGGAGCAUUUGAUGAAUCAGUCAAGUAUUUGAUCCCCAGAUGAGAACAUGCGAAUGAGUAGAAACUGGGUCAUACAGGGUAAGCACCAGGGACAAUAAGGAUUUUUAUAUAUAAAAUUUAAUUUUUGUUAUUGGUUAAAGAGACAAUUUUGGAGAGUAAGCAAGUCUUCUUUUUUAAAAAAAUAGUAUUAAUGUGAGUACUAGAAGAAAUUAGUGGGCUGCGUUUCAACAUUCCAUGUUCGUACUCCCUUUUCUAUGUUUCUACUGUUAAUGCCAUAUGAUUAUGAGAUAAUUUGUUGCAGUGUCCUUAUUUGUAUAAACAUUUGUAUGCACGUUAUAUUGUAAUAGCUUUGCCUGUAUUUAUUGCAAGACCACCAGCUCGUGGAAGCUGAGUUACAGAAUAAUUAAAUGGGGUGUUCACAGUGACUUGGAUACACCAGUUAGAAAUUAAAUAAACAAAUAUAUAUAUAUAUAUAUAAAUAUAGCAGGUUACAUAUAUAUAUUUAUAAUGUGUCUUUUUAUUAACCAUUUGUACAAUAAAUGUCACUUCCCAUGCCGUUAUUUUAUGGUUCAUUUGCAGUGACUUUUAAGGCAGUACUGUUUAGCACUUUGAUAUUAAAAUUUUGCUUAUGUUUUGCUAAAUUCAAAUAAUGUUUGAAGAUUUUUAGGUCUAAAAGUCUUUAUAUUAUAUACUCUGUAUCAAGUCAAAAUAUCUUUGGCCAUUUUGCUAAGAAACAAACUUUGAAUGUCAAACUGAUGUCACAGUAGUUUUUGUUAGCUUUAAAUCAUUUUUGCUUUAGUCUUUUUAAAGGAAAAAAUAACAAAACUAUGCUGUUUAUAUUGUCAUUAAAUUAUACAAUCAAAUGCCAAAUGAAUUGCCUAAUUGCUGCAAAGUAUAACCCAGAUAGCAAAUCAUAUACUUUCUUUUCCAAGAGUCAUUCUGAUAUUUGAUCAUGUAUUAUGUUUGUGUAAGCUUUUAUGAAAGAUUAUUAUUUUUAUAUCAAGAUGAUAGGGCCUGGAAUGUUAGGAUUUUGAAAUGUUAGACUUGCAAAGGGCCUGACUUGUAAAACAGUCCAACUUCCUGAAAUUAAUAGAGGAGAAAACUGGGGCCCAUUGAGGGAUACAGAGUUACCCAAGGACAAACAGCUAGUAACAGAAUCAAGACUAAGACUUAAUUCACCUUCCAUGGUCUUUCUUUCUCAACUUACUGCAUCUAUAGAAAAACAGGCUUUUACACAUAACCAUUAAUAUUAACAUUUUACCUGAAGAUAACUGUGAAUAAGGUAGUACUUUUGCUUUAAUUUUUUUUGAACCUAUAUGCAAACAUAAUGAACAUUAUUAAAUAUCAGGAAAGCUAACAUUUCAUACAAGAUAGCUUCAGACCAAAUUCAAAUUGAAUUUGAAUAAAUUAGAAGUACUGUGCAUACAUAACCUUCUUGUGCACCAUGAGUAUUUGGAAAGUUAAUCCUUGUUUUGUCAUGUCUGUGAAGGAAAAGCAAAGCAAAACAAAAACACAGAGCCCUAGAGAAAUGCUGUUACAUUUUUUUUUUUUAACAUCCUUCAGAUCUAAGGAAAAGGACUUUUUUUUUAGCCCUCCUAUCUAUUGAUUGGAAGGCAUGAAGAAGCUUUUCUAGUUAUAGGUCCAGACACCAGUGCUGAAAAUAAAGAUGAUAGCCAGUGUUCUUCUGUCUUCCAUAGUUACUACAACUAUGAGAGCCUCCCAAGUCAGCGAUCAAUUCAAUUUUCUCUCUCUCACCCUCUCUCUUUCUCUCUCUCUCUCUCUCUCUCUCUCUCUCUCUCUCUCUCUCUCUCUCUUUUUGUCUUAAUGUUGACACACCAGUGUAUAGAGUGGAUGACCACACUAGCUCAGAAGAGGACAAGAAGCAUUGAAGCAGGUGAUUCUUCCCCUUGUGGGAGAGCUCUCUCAGUGUGAACAUGCCUUCCGUGGGCGGAAAUCAGGAAUCCACCAGCUGUUAAUGGAGAGUGCCUUGCUUUUAUUUCAGAUAGCAGAGUUUUCCCAAGUUCCUCUGCUCCUCCAACAGCAUUGCUCUUUAGUGUGUGUUAACCUGUGGUUUGAAAGAAAUGCUCUUGUACAUUAACAAUGUAAAUUUAAACGAUUAAAUUAAAUUACAUUUUA